AUGUCCAAACACGCCGGAUCUGGUGGCGAUGAACCGCCCUCAAAGUGUCACUGCACGAUUGACGUCCAAGUGAACCAGGCAGUACCACAGGCACUGUAUGAUAAUGGUGCAUGGGAAAUCCUUGCCAAAUUCCUCACCACAUCGAUGUCUCUAUCCGAGGUAGACGACGCGCACAUAGCGUACCUCGGCAACCGAUACUUAGCAGAUGAAUGGGCAGAACCUCGACGCCUGCUCUUCUCCAGUGACCAAGAUGACGCCAAAUCCUUAGAAAACUUCACCAAGCUGUGGAAAACUCACAUACCCAAUCCACCAGAAAAGUCUUCCGUUUCUAUCCCUGCAUCAAGGAGGAACGGCUACUCGUCAAGUUCAUGUGCUCAAAAAUCAUGCAAGUUAUCCAAAGCUGCUUCUAAGUUCAUCGCUGAUAAGGCCGAUGUUGGUGAUGAUGAAGAGGAGGAAGAGGAGUAUGAUGGAGAAGAUUGGGAUGGACCUUCUACGCAGUUGCCGAUAGUCACAACUCAUCUGAAGACAAUCUCGCCUACAGAAGUCCCGAAAGCAGGAUGUAUUUACUUCGUGUUCAAAGAACUACCACUCAAUAUGUUGCUGAACACCUUCGGAGGAAGGAAUUUCCCCGUGAUUGUGUCAGCCUGGUCAGCAGGACAGCUUUACGUGGUGGUGGAUAGCCCCGCAACGAUUGCAAAGUCCUUGCCCUUAUCUCUUUAUCUCGCAGUGAAAGAGUACUCCCGUAUUGCCAAGGAAGAACAUGAAGCGGUAGAAUGCACGCAGUCCAAGUUUCCUCAACAAGCAUGGGUGAGGAUCAAGGACAGUAAGUACAGGGGUGACAUUGCACAAGUUUUUGAGCAACUGCCGAAUGGUCUAGUCGCAGUCUUAAUUGUUGCACGUGAUUUCCCCUAUUCCAUGCCUUCAGGAUCUCGAGCGCUUAUCCAGCGAUCUCUCCUUCUGAACCAGAAGAGCGUUUCCGACAUCAUUCAUGAUGAUGAAGUCGUGGGAUGGAAAUACAAGGGAGAAAGCUACUACAUGGGCCUGCUGCUGAAGAACUUUCACCGCGACAGACUAGAACUCGUCACAUCCCCUCAUGUCAACGACAUUCAGCUACACCUGGAUUCUGGAUGGAAUCAACCGUUCUUGAAUGAAACUGUGGUCGCGUUUUCGAUGCAGUUCCUGUGCGUGGGCGAUUGGGCGAGAGUCAUCAAAGGCUCUCUUCGUGGAGAGCUUGGUCAGGUCGUCUCAACUGAUCAUACUUUGGGGACCCUAAGUUUGCAAUCGGCUUUCAAUGGGCAUCUCAAGGAGAUGGAAGUUUAA